UUUUUUCACAUUAGGGGUUUAUGGAGUAUUUUUUUUCAUGUGCAGGGCAAUGAGACUUUUGGGGCUUCUUGUAGUUGUAUUACUCUCAGUCCUCAACUUUGUUCAUGGUUUUCCAUGGAAUCAUCAUGCUUAUCAUGGAUACCUUGGACCCUGGAACAAUGCUCAUGCCACUUUCUAUGGGGAUGGUGAUGCUUCUGGAACAAUGGGUGGAGCUUGUGGUUAUGGAAACCUGUAUAGCCAAGGUUAUGGUGUUAACACAGCAGCAUUGAGCACUGCAUUGUUUGACAAUGGCUUGAGCUGUGGUGCAUGCUAUGAACUCAGGUGUGUCAGUGACCCACAAUGGUGCCUGCCUGGCUCCAUUGUGGUCACAGCCACUAACUUCUGCCCUCCAGGAGGCUGGUGUGACCCACCUAAUCACCACUUUGAUCUCUCCCAGCCUAUUUUCCAACACAUUGCCCAAUACAAAGCUGGUAUUGUUCCUGUAAUUUACAGAAGGGUGAGGUGCAGGAGAAGCGGGGGUGUCAGGUUCACAAUUAAUGGACAUUCCUACUUCAACCUAGUACUUAUAACCAAUGUUGGAGGUGCUGGUGAUGUGCAUUCUGUAGCCAUUAAAGGUUCAAGGACCAGAUGGCAGGCAAUGUCAAGAAACUGGGGCCAGAACUGGCAAAGCAAUUCUUACCUUAAUGGACAAAGCCUCUCAUUUCUUGUCACAACCAGUGAUGGCCGUAGUGUUAUCUCUUACAAUGUUGCUCCAGCCGGUUGGGCCUUUGGACAGACUUACACUGGAGGCCAGUUUAAGUUUUAACUACCCUUUACCAUAAAAUAUAACAGCCGCCCUUGCUGUAGUAUAUGAUAUAGUAAAAAUAAUGUCCGAAUAAAGACAUGAGGGUGAACCUUGGGUCAAGUUUGAUUUUUGAAUGGCCCUUUUCUGUGUAGUUGUAUAAUUAUGAGUUUUUGCAGUUCUAUUUGCUUUGAAUUGAAGCCUGCAUGUAACUGCUGUGGGAAGAGAAAGACUGUAUUUAGACUUUUAGAGGCAUAUUUAUGAGUGAGAUCCUGUCUUGGAAUCUUACUAAGUAGCUCUAGUACAUCAAAUAAUGAA